UAAAAUUCACUUUCUGUUUGCUGGUCGGGCUCCGGCGGGGCGGCGCGGGCCGAGCGUUCUGCCCGCGGGCGGACGAACGGCGGCCGAACCGUCGGAGGAGCCGAGUGGACGCCGCGGGCCGCAUCUUGUCGGCGAACAUGGCGCCGGAGAUGUUUCUGUCUUUCAUUUGGCCGGUUAGCUCGGACGAUGCUAACGGGUUCCCAUGAGGCAGAGAGCGGUCUGUGUGUUCGAUUCCUCAGCCGGCGGACGAUGAGUUCAGAGGACGAGGACGAAGCCGCCGAGUCCGUCAACCCGACUCAGGAGGGCCAAGGGAGCCCCGUCCUGCCCGGCCCCCCCCACGACGAGGACUCGGAGCCUUUCCAGAAGAAGCUCCGCCUCUCUGCUGAGGACCAGGGCGACUCGCUGGCGCCUCAGUUCACCGCCGUCACCCUACCGAUGUCGGCGAGCGACGAAGGCUUCGAGGUGACCAUGACGGCCUCGGCGGACGGGGAUCUCUCUGAGGACGGAGUCGCUCGGAUUCAGAUGGACGAGGACGCCGAUCAGAAGUCCGCCGUGGCCCCUGUCAGUCAGGCCUGGUUCACCACCAAAGAAGACAAGGACACGCUGGCCAACAAAGGUCACAAGUGGAAACAGGGCAUGUGGUCCAAAGAGGAGAUCAACCUCCUGAUGAGCAACAUCGAUCACUACGUGAAGGGGCGGGGCAUCGACGACCCGGCCGAGAUCAUCUUCGAGAUGUCCAAGGAGGAGAGGAAGGACUUCUACCGCUCCGUGGCGCUCGGCCUCAACCGCCCGCUGUUCGCCGUGUACCGCCGGGUUCUCCGGAUGUACGACAACCGGAACCACGUGGGGAAGUGAGUCC